GAUUUUUCUUUGCUGAGUAGCUGCUCUGGUUUCUUGUGGUGGAUAGACCAUUGUUAAGUGUCAAGUUUGGAUGCAGAGUUUGUGCUUUCAGAUAGUAGCUGCUCAGUCUGGAAACAGAUAUGCCUAAGGAAGAAUCCCUUAUCAGAUCUGGGCAAGCCACUCAAGCCUGGUCCAUUUCCGGCAUCAUGUUGUAUCCUCAACAUAACUUUAUUGGAGUCAGUUGAAUUUCUUGGGCCUCCUGUUGCCUUGUGCAGUUAUUCACACCAGUGUAAAACAGUGAAGAUUGCUGCCUUUCCAUUCUGCAGUAUUGCAUAUCCACUGGGCCAUAGCAACCAACUAACUACUCAAGGUAUAGUAAAGAUGAGGGAUUGCUACUAUAACGAGACCGUAGGUUUUUUCUACAACAAUAGUCGGAAGGAGCUGACAACCUACUGGAGGACAAAAGAUGUCUUGGUUGUUGCCCUGGGCCUUACAGUCAGUGUCAUUGUGCUCCUGACCAACUUGUUGGUCAUCACUGCUAUAAUCAUUAACCGGCGCUUCCACUAUCCCAUCUACUACCUGCUGGGGAACCUGGCAGCAGCAGACCUCUUUGCUGGCAUUGCUUACAUGUUCCUCAUGUUCCACACGGGGCCCCGGACAGCAGGGCUUUCCCUAAAGACGUGGUUCAUCCGGCAGAGCCUCCUGGACACCAGCCUGACUGCUUCUGUGGUGAAUCUGUUGGCCAUUGCAGUGGAACGGCAUCAGACUGUCUUUACCAUGCAGUUACACAGCAAAAUGUCCAACCAGCGAGUGGUGUUUCUGAUUUUCUGUAUCUGGAUCACAGCCCUACUGUUGGGCCUUAUUCCUUCCUAUGGCUGGCACUGUCUGUGUGCCCUUGACAAGUGCUCCAGGAUGGCACCUCUCUACAGCAGGAGUUAUCUGACCUUCUGGGCCAUUUCCAACCUGGUCAUCUUCCUUAUCAUGGUGGUUGUCUACACACACAUCUUCAUCUAUGUCAAGAGGAAGAUGACACGGAUGUCCAAGCAUACCAGCUUUCACCCCCGCUAUAAAGAGACCAUGAUCAAUCUCAUCAAGACUGUCAUCAUCAUCCUCAGUGCCUUUGUUAUCUGCUGGACUCCCGGACAGGUGGUGCUUCUUUUGGAUGGGUUGGGCUGCAAGAGUUGCAAUGUGCUGGCAGUGGAGAAAUAUGUCCUCUUGCUGGCAGAGAUCAAUUCAGUGAUCAAUGCUAUUGUCUACUCCUACCGGGACAAUGAGAUGCGCAGCACCUUCCGAAAGAUUCUCUGCUUCAUCUGCUAUAGGAAUUCCAAAUACUCACCUGCACCCAUGAAGCUAAAUGCUGCAGACCGCAGGAUAUUCACUCAGAAUGGUCACUCUACUGCGGACUCCUCGAUCUAGUUCCAAUGUACAGUGUGUAUAUAUAUCUGAAUAUAUAUACUUAUAUAUAUCUGAAGACUGUGGAUAGCAAAGACUUUGGGUGGCUCAUUUGUAAAGCAGAACAACAGUAUUUUUUUUUUAAACUUCUCCAGCAAAAAUUUUUGGAUGAAAUAUUUUUGUCAGCUCUGUGAGGCAAAAAUGCUUUAAAGACAUACCCACUGGUAUAUUUCUUGGGACAAACAUAUUUUGAAAUAUAUUCCUGCUAUUAAAGACUGCUAUUUUAAUAGCAUAGCUGAUUUAAUCUAGCAGCAUCCAGCAGGCAUGCUACAUGCUAACCAAGACCUUUGCAUAACUCUUUCUACAAGAGAGACUUGUUUUUUUUAAUUCUUCAGUAUUAAUGUCUACACAAAUUACCUUUCCAGUACUAGGAUACUGCAGGGCCAAACCCCACUUUAUUCAGUCCUUCAUUAAGCAUAGCAUCUUCUGAUUUCAGUGAGAUGAUUUUCCUGAGUGUGUCCUGUGCUAGGUUUUGAUCCAGAGUUUUCUAAAAUCAUGUUCUGUUCAAAGACCCUCUAGAGAGGCUUCAGUUUACAUGAACUUCAUUUUUAAAAAGCAUGUUCCUACUUUGGUAUGGUGUCUGUUACUGAAUUUCAAAGUAUUCAUUACUUUCCUAGGAUGGUCCAGGAACGCAUAACGCUUUCCUGAGACGGAGAGCUAUGCUGCAACUAAAAAAUCCAGUUGUGUUAUUCUUCUGUUAAGUGAUGCUACAUGGGAGGUUUGACUGAAAAUUUGUUGCCUGUUUGUAAAGAAGGGAUGAGUCAUGGUCCUUGAAACAAUAAUUUUCCACUCAUUAAAGGUUCUCUGGGACAGGUUUUAUGUUAGAUUCCAAAGAAAUCAGCACUUUGCUGUAGGUUUAAUAUACGGUCUGUAGCUUAAACUCUUCAAACAGCUUGUUAGCAGCUGAAACUUGGUUCACCAAACCCCAUCCUUUUCACACAGCAGCCUGACAAAUGAAAAGGAUUUUUCAGCACUACUUCACUUAGAGUCAUAUUCUCUGUUGGAGUAAAUCUUUACUUCAUUGUGUUUUCUCCAUCAGAGAUUCUGGCCCUUGAAAUGUAUAUGAACAUUGCAUAUAAUGUCACUGGGAUCAUGAAAGAUAAUAUUUAUGAUGCUGGGCAUGUGAGUGACUACAAAGUACUUCAAGAUGCUGUCACGUCAUUCAGAAAGCUUUAGGUGGGAUUUGCAAAACUACUUCAUAUUGGCCUAACUCUGCCCCCAUGGAAGUUGGUGGGUAUUUUACCCAUGGGUCCAUAGAAACAAAACAAUAUUGAACACUUUUGAAAGCCUAGGCCAUAAUUUCUAACAAAUAAUAUUUGAUUUUCAAACAUGCAGGAACCUGAAGCUGUAGGGUUUGAGGUCCAUCCUGGCUGUCUUAAACUCUGACCUUCACAGACCCAAAGUUAAUUAAGGGAUUGCUGAGCCAGUGUGGAGUUAGACAGACAUUUGUUUAGUCUCUAACCUUGAGAUCUUUCAGGGACAACUUUACAUAUGUAGUUACUUUUUUUUUUUUUUUAGAUAGAUGAUUAUCACCAGCCACAGAAUAAACAGCUUCCAAACACAGAGCUUAGGUAUGCUUGGAAGCUGCUUAGCUUUCAAACUUCCAGAAAGAAAAUGAGUAGUGCUUUCUCAUAUUGGUAAGGAUUUAAGGAAACAGAUCAAUUCAGUGCAGUGGUGCUUAACCUUCUAGCCCUGUAGGCUAGAUGAGUGGAGUGGGGCCAGUCCAUGGGUCCAACUCCAUGUACCAGCCCAGCUACUGGUGUGACCCUGUGUAUCAGCCCAGCCUCACCUGCCAGACCUGGCCUUGGUGUGACUGCACACACUGGCUCAACUCUAUGUGCCAGAUCCAGCUGUGAUGCAGUGGUACCUGGAGUUGUCAUCCCACCCACAAGGCUCCCCACAUGUACAGAAGUUUCAUGGUUGGGGGGCAGUGGCAGUGUUAAUUGCUUCUGUUUGUUUGAUCAGAGCUGCAGUAAUUAACACUGCCACCGCUCCCUACAGACCUGCAGGGAGCUCCACAGGCCAGGUAACACACACUUGUGGGCUGGAGAUUUGGGCACCACUACUCCAGGUGGACUAGUAAGAGUUAGAUUCAGGAGCUUUGUUGACUCCUGAAUAUAGUCCAAACCCAGAGUUUUCCUGCUGUUUCCACAAAAAGCCUCAAAGCAGCAAGUCAUUAAAAAGAUUUCCACCAAAUACAAAGCAAAAAAGUCCCAUCUUGGAAAUACAUAUUUGUUCAGAGUCCCUCAUUUAGUAACAGGAAAAAAACCUGUAAACAGUCACAUAAAUAGUAGUGUUUAGAUGAGGAUUGGUGCCAAAAUGAUUUCCAAGGGACAGAAUAUUUAUCAUAUUGCAGUUGACUAUGAGUGAGUCUUUGUAGUGGGUGAAAUGACAUGCAGCCCUCCAAAGAACUGCAAUUGGCUUUUAUGCCCAAUUGGGCCUUUAAUAAGCUGUGCACAUUCCUCCCAAAGGACCCUGCAAACUAGCCUGACCUCAUCCUGCUGGGCUGCAGCUGUUGUACAGUGUUAGAGAGCAAUAAGAGUCCCUUCUUACAAGUGCUUUCACACAGGUGUCCUUCAUAGAGGUAAGAAAGCUGUCUCUGUUAGUGUCCUUAUUAGAAGAUGUGCUGAUACUGUAAAGGCUUGUAUUGUCUCUGUAUUUUUACUUGGUUUGUUUAAAGUUAUCCUGACAGUCAAACUUUUGGGGGGAAGUAUAGUUAGGAUCUGGCUAACUUUUAUCAGCCAGACACUUCCCUCAGAGUCUCCUGCAUCAGAGACUGCCAGUGCUUUAUUUGUCCCAGUGGAGUUUGAGUUUGAAUAAUGAUGGCAAAAUGCAAAAAUUCAGCUCAUGAUUUAGUCUCCUCCUUCAAAAUAUGUUUCCCUUCCUUCAACCAAAAUAGUAACUAAAAAGAAAGGGGGGACGUCCCACUCCUGUGAAAACAAGCAUCUGAGUGACAGCUAUCACUCAUUUAAGAGCGGCUUGAGUCUUUAAUAAGGUUUUUCUUCCUGACUAAUUUAACCUGUAGAAAUCCAGCAGAUUUUAAGAUGUAUGAAACACACAAGGCAGAAUGAAAUCAGGAGGUAUAGAAGCUAGGGGUUGGAAGGUGAUGUUUUCAGAUAAGACUUGAAAAGACAUGGCAAAUCAGUAAGUUGGAGGAGAUACAGCAAGGAUUCUAGCAUGUGCAGAGACCAGCCACAUAGCACUUGAAAACAGUGGUAGAAGGGGGAAUAAAUGGUAUGUAUAGACUAUACAUAAUCAAAAGGGAUCUUAGACGCUUAAAUAUACUGUUUGUGUUCACUUUCCACCUUCCCUUGUUGAAAACACAAAACUUCAUCCAAUUAUGUGGUGUCAUGACUUGCAUGUUUAUAUUAGAUUUCCCAUUCGUCUUACUAUAUGCCUAACUAAAUACUUUGCAGGAAAGGUUAUGAUGUUAUCUGCCAAUAUAUUAACUUUCUCUGGGCAACUUAGAGUCUCCAGAUUUAAUUUUCUCAUUGCACGAUAAAUGAGAUGCCAUCGGGUGCAUGUGAGUUCUGUCUUUACUGUCAUACAGGAUUCAUCACUCACUGAACCUGUGCCAGUUCUUUCACCUCAGAUGUCUUGGCUCAGUGCACAGUGCAACAGUACUGGCUGUAAAGCUAGCAUCCCUCACUCUAUUCUGUUCAAGAUUUCUAAAAUCAGUGUGAAAGUGGCUUUGAAAGCUCAUCAUCUUUCAUCAAAUUUCUUCCGAUGAAGAAAUCUCUCUGGAGUUUGAACUUGGCCAGCAUUGUAUUGUUCUAGAUGUCAGAGGUGCAUGUAACUAUUACAGACUUAUUGAGCGUUGGGUGGGAGGAAAGAGAGAUCUAGGAACUAUUUUUAAGGGAUCAAAUAUGGGACAUAUGAGGACACACAGCUUGAUCAAAGAUAGGCUGCAUGGCUCCAAGAAUGAGAGGUCAUGGCUUACUAGCUAGUUGGAAUUCCUUAAGCAAGUUGCUGCCAAAAGUAACAUGGGGCAAGUGUAUUCUGAAAGGACCUGACACACUGGAGAUUAAUAUUGAAGGUUCUGUGGAAGUUUCAUUUAUUGGAAUUGAAACUGGAUUAAGGGGUGAAGAUGAGUGAAGAGAAGUGGAAUUGUUAACAAGGGGAAGUUAUUUAUGUAUACCCCCAAAACCUUCCAAAGAAUUGGGGGAAAAUGUCCAUUUUGUAGUGACCACUUCGGCAUCAAGUAACUGAGAAUAACUACAAGCCUGUCAUCUAAUUUUAAUAAGUAAAGAAUAAUUGGUUUAAGUGAAGGGAAACAAUUAAUGUUUAAGGCUAGUAAGGAGAUGGACACAGGUUAGAGGAUUAUGAGUUCAGUAAACAAUGGACAUCAAGGUUUGGAGGGGGGGGGGUUCUGGCUUUGGACAUGCAUUGAUGUAGCUGCAAAACCUGGCUUCUUUCUGCCAUGGAAAGUGCAUGUAGAAAAGAGGUAAUACAGGAAAGAAAGGUCACAUCAGUUAUUCCCUGUGGUAUUUCCAUGAGAAGCUUUCCAUUGUGUCCUUUAAAUCAUCCUGAGGGGGAAUAUUUGUUUUGGCCAAUACAAACAUUUUUAUAAAAAGCACAAUGGUAGUAUCCAAGAGCAGCCGGGUUUCCUGAAUAUGGGUCGUCUGGGGAUUGCAGUCAGUCAUUUAAUAGUCAUUCUUAUGCACAGCUUGUGGCUGUGGGUUAGCAGUGAGCAGGAUACUUGAGGGCUGUCUAUGCUGCUACAUAGAAUGUGCCCCAGCCCAAUAGCCUAGCUUUAAAUGGACUUUUUCACAAAGUUUGGCUCUAGCCCCUCCAGAUCUUGUGAUCAUGGUGGGAGGGAAGCUUAAGUAUAGUGUCACAGUUGUGAGAUAGUAGCAGAGAUUGUGAACCAGGAUCAAUGUUUUCUGACUUGGAGAAUUACAUUUAGGCACCUAGAGCUAUGUUUAGGGAUCUGCUUGGUAAAUCAGUGGUCUCAGUGGCAGCUUCCAUUGAGGAAGCUGGGAGUUCAGCAUCCAUGAAAAUUGGGCUGCUCAAGUAAGUGCUUACACAUAGAUUUGGGUACGUGACAUUAGGAAUGUGAGCUGGAAAAUACUGGCUUCAGGUGUUAUAUGGGCUGUCCGGUUAUUAAAAUGCCUGAUUCCUAUAUACACUGCCACGCUGUCAGAGAGGUUCAAAGAGAUUCUACUAUGAAGCAGAUCAUAUACUGCCUCUUGUAAAGAGCAGUGUUUUUGGUUGAUCUCCCUACACUUCUGUAGCUUGCUGUGUCCCUGGCCAUUCAGUAGUAGUUAUUGUGAGUAAAUAAAUCCUAUGGGAACGUCUCUUUUGCUGGACCACAGGCAGUUCUCAUACUUCUGGCAUAAGCAAACUCCAACUAUUGGGACAUACGAGGAGAUUUUUCCUGGGGCAGUUUAUCCUGCAAUGGGCAGUGCAAGGUGUCUGGCAUCUUCUGAAUGAAUUGAUAGUAGUUACAAUCAGAGAUUGGGCUAACUGGGCCCCUGAUCAGAUCUAGUCUGGAGAUUCUGUUACUGCAUCUUCAGAGACCUCGCUACUAGGCUGCUGGCUGCUUUUGAAUUUCAGAACUAGGAUGCUCAGAUACAAAGCUGAUGGUGUAGUAUAAAACACGUGACAGUACUACUGCAGAUGGGUCCUUGACAGUCCUCAAGUUAAGGUAGGAACUGUGAUACUUACCCUGUAGUAAGUACAACAAGAGGGUGGAGACUGGAAUCUAUUAGUGUGUUCUUUGAAAAUCAGCCAUGUGAGUAAACUGUUUACUGACAUGCUUUACUUGGUCAAAGUUGUUUUUUGAAAUGUCUUGUCCUUUCUUGCAUGCUGCAGCACAACUCAUUAAGUGAGGUUGUUUUAAUAGGCCUAAGUUUUUUGUUUGGCGGUUGGGUAUGUAAAUGCAUCUUUCUCUUUAUAAAUCUAGCUUUUUUAUUAAAGUAUAUACCACACAUUGUAAAUAAAUCAGACCAAUGAGAAUGCACAUCUCCAGUUUACAUUCAUUUAAACGUACAUUCAGUUUGGAUGACUAAGCUGUGUCUGUGUCAAAUGGAGCCUAUGUUUUUUUUAAAAAGCAUGCAAAAUAAGAAUGCUCAAGUACUGAUAUGUUAAAUAACAAAAUAAUAUACCACAUGGCAAGCAUGAAGUGCAGAAGACCACUGGUCUACUCUGUUCAUGUUACAUCUUCAAACUUUACUCAAAAUAUCAAGUUGUAUCUUUGCAUCAUUCUCUGCUGACAGUUCCUAAUGAAGCCAGCAAAACUUAAGAGUGUUUAGUAUCUCCGACUAUCAGGUCAUUUUUGUUUAGAUGUCUAAUUUUAUGCACUCAGGUUAUGGCCUUAUAUUUUCCAGGUUUUUAAAUUAGUUUUAUAAGAAGGUAAGGUAAACAAUGAAAACUAGUAAUAAAAUGUAAUUAGCUUUUCCUUGGGAAUUUGCAAAGUCCACACUACAUCCUCUGGCCUUUUAAAUAUUGAGAUUUUGGGACAGAUCCAGAGGCCAGGAACUGUUUUCUAAUGAGCAGAUCCCAUUGCAGAAAGCUUCUUGACUUCUUUGCUAAAAGCUACUCUCUCUCUAUAGCUUGGGGUAGUUUCGGCCUUUGCUUGGCAAUGCCUGCCUAUCAGGCAGCAGAAUAAAUGUUGGAGCCUUCUGGUAGUUUACAAGCAUCUUUUUAAACAUUCCUUUGACCUUAGUAUCUGUUCCUUUGACCGCUAACACCUGCUGUUUGCAUCAUCACCAUAGCAUCCAGCAGGGCUAGGGAAGAAAUUCUUUUGCAAAUGAUGCCUGACACUGACUUCUUGAUGAAAAGGGUUCCUUUGUGGACAAUGCAACCAGCCCUUCCUGCCCCACCCAGACAGGGAGGAUUUCAGGUAUGACACAGCAGAGAGGACUGGUAAUUUUACAGUGACCAGAGCAGUGUUACAGAAGGUGCCAGAUAGAUGUGAUGUGGCAAGGAGGAUCUCGGAUUUGCCCACAUUUCCAACAAGAAGAAAAUCACACUUUAGUGUUGCAGACUUAUCAGCUAAUAAGUUUGGCCUCUUUAAUGAAGCCUGUAGAUGGUAAGCAUAGAGCCCUGCACUGGCUUCAAUGUAGUAUACAUCUAAGCAGGAACAUAAGGAAACAUCCAAUUGUCCCUUGUCAUUGUGGACUGUGUGGUUCAUCUUCCUUGCUUGCCCUCUAGCGCUUGUUCUCUCCACUUAAAAUAGCAGUUAGCAAUAUUAGCUCAAAAUUCACUGAGAACAAGAAGUGGAAUUUGGCACGUGUUACACCAAGAGGUUUCUGUAAAUGGCUCUAACACCAUAAAAUCCCUUUUGUCUAGGCCUUGGUGUUCUGGAAAAUUAAAGGGAAACAAAAUUAUGGGAAGUGGGGAUUCACCCGCUCCCUUGGAUAGGCAUUUGCACAAAGUAUUUCUCAAGUCAGAAUGGUAGUACUUCAAAGCCCAGAAAAAAGUAGUACCAUGAAAGCACAGCACAGCACCUUAGCACAGGGAGGACCUGGAAAUCCCAGUGGCUGGAUGUUUAGCUGUGCCCCAUAGGCACCUACUACUGGUCUUGUCUCUCUCUCUCUUCUUUCUUGGGUUUCUGUGCCUCUGGUGCCUCCUCAGCUCUGAUGAUUUUUCUCUCUUUUUUGUGGCCCUUUGGACUGUUCAGAGAAGUCACCUUCUUUAUUGCAGAGACUUGGAGUUCAGACAAGAUACAUUCCAGUGGCUUAUGUUUUUGCCAGGAAAUUUUAGAGGGUGCAGUGAGGUUGUUAGUGUCAGAAACUCAAAAGAAAUAAAACCACCUAGCUGUAAAUAUUGAGCUCAAAGCCCAGGGCAAGACCCAGAAGUAUUUUAUAAAUUUUUGUGCUGGAAACAAUAGUGGAAAAUGUGCAUUACCAGUGAGUCUCUAGAAAAGCAUCAGUGCUGCCACAAAUGCCCACUGGGUGGUGUCCCAUCUCAGUGACAGUCCUACUAUACUUUAAGAAAUCUAAAGAAGGCUGGUCUAUGGGGGGAGCCUGAAAUAUUGAUGGAGAGGCCAAAGGGCACUUAACAAAUAUGGAGGAGCCUGUGAUUCACUGAUAUUUACCCCCUUGUCAUUGUCUAGCACCUGAGCAUCUUGGACUUAAUGUUCCUAAAUAAAUGGUUCAGUUUC